CUUUUUCUUUUUUUAUUAAUAAAUCCAUAAUAAUAUUUUAUGAUAUUCAUUAAAAAAAAGAAUCCAUUUCAAAAGAGUCAACAACAAUAUCUAGCACUUAUUUCGACUCCUGAUUUUCAUUGAGGGAAAUCGAAAUCCGUUUGAAAAACCCGUACCAACCCAAGAAUCAAAGGACUCGUAACUGGUCCUCCGAUCGUGACCGGAAGAAACGAGCUGUGGAAAAGAAGCAUGAAGGAAGCAUACAUCAAAAAGUAUAUUCCCCUCGACACAACUUUUCACCGUUCUUUGUACCGUUCUUUUCGCGCCCAACCCAAUAGAGAGGGAGGGGGGAUACUUAUUGGUGUACCAGAGAGUCAAGGAUGUGCGUCAGAGGGUGGACAGCAGCACCAUGUUACGACGAAAGGGCGGAAAGGCGGGGGCGAUGGAACGGAGCGAGAAUCUGGUAUAACGUGGCCACCUCCUUUAUCAAAGAGGUCUUGGCAGUUUGCCACGUCGCACCGCAUAAUGAAGCAGCACGUUGGGCUUUGGUUAUAGCGGCGCCGUGGCUUGUGUUUUGCCUUCCGUGGAAUGGUUUAUUGUGUCGCGGGGACCUAAACCCACCCCAACCAGACUAUUCCUCCUCGAGACUGCUCCACGUCCACGAUACACUCGCACUGGCAUUCGUUGGCCGUUGCUUACCAGCCACGUCGAACAAAGGAGGCACGUGUAAACGAUCAAAGAUAAGGAAACAUUGAUUUAUACGAAUCAAU